AUGUUGGCCGGGAUGCAUUCACCCGGAUCGCCUUCAGCUCAGUCACAGGCACCGCCGCCGACGCCCUGCAAAUCGCCCAUCCUGGACGUGACCGAGACCCUGUCGGUUCAUAGCGAGAUGGAGCUGGAACUCGAACCGAAAAAAGCGUUGUAUUCCUUUGGAGCCCCGCACAGUCACGGUCACAGCCACAGUCAUAGCCUACGUCUGCCGGGCCUCAGUAUUCCCAACCUGAUCAAUAGCAAGAAUUCCACUCUGCCCGCCUUCGAGUACAUCGCUCCGCCGAACCACGCCCUGCAGGCCCUGGAGUUUCCCCUGAUGGAGUUGAACCAUCGUGUGGGUGUUGGUGUUGUUGGCGGCAUGUUUCCCGGCUUCUUGCACCGACGGUCGCGCGGCGAGAAGCGACCGAUUCCGGAUGCCCAGAAGGAUGCCAAGUACUAUGAGCGGCGCAAGCGGAACAACGAGGCGGCGAAGAAGUCACGGGAUGCCCGCAAGAUCCGAGAGGAUCGCAUUGCCUUUCGGGCCGCUCUUCUCGAGCAGGAGAACUCCAUUCUACGGGCUCAGGUGCUGGCCCUACGCGACGAAUUGCAGACGGUGCGGCAGCUCCUGGGUGCCACCGCCGCCGGUGGCCUGCUCUCGAUGCCUCGCCAGAUGUGA